GUUUCACAAAGAGAAAUGUGGAUACGAUCAUCGGAAAUUCUAGUGCUGCUGCUUGGGGCAGUCCUGAUGGCUGCAUCGUCAGUCGCUCAAGGCAAUGUGUCAAAGCACGUCGUCUGCUAUCAGGGCACCUGGUCAGUGUACCGACCAGGUACAGGCCAGUUCGGUGUAGAGGAUAUCGAUCCGUUUCUGUGCACCCACUUAAUAUAUGCCUUUCUGGGCAUCGAGGAGAGCGGACAACUGCGCGUCAUCGACUCCUAUCUCGACUUGGAGGACAACAGUGGCCGUGGCAACAUCAAGAGCUUCAACGCCCUCAAGCUCAAGAAUCCCACACUGAAAACGUUGGCGGCCAUUGGCGGCUGGAACGAGGGCUCAAAGAAGUUCUCAAUCGUGGCCGCAGAUGCCGAGAAGCGGGCUCGUUUUGUGAAUGAUGUGGUCCACUUUCUUCAGCGACACGGCUUCGACGGGCUGGAUCUGGACUGGGAAUAUCCGGGUCAGCGUCAUAGCCUGGAUAACGAGGAUCGCACCAACUAUAUUACCUUGCUGAAGGAACUUAAAGAGGGGCUCGAACCCUUUAGCUAUAUUCUCAGUGCCGCCGUCGGAUCAGCUCAGUUCUCUGCCGAAACAUCUUAUGAAAUCCCAGCCAUAGUUCCCUAUCUGGACCUGAUCAAUGUGAUGGCCUACGAUCUUCAUGGGCCCUGGGAUGAGGUGGUCGGCAUCAAUGCCCCCCUGUAUCCCGCUGCCAGCGAUAAAAGCGAACGCCAGAAGCAGCUCAAUGUGGAUGCCAUCUUCAAGUACUGGCUGAAUGCGGGUGCUCCACCUGAGAAACUGGUUCUCGGUGUCCCCUUUUAUGGACGCUCCUUUACCUUGGCUUCGGCCGAUAGCCAUGAGCCGGGUUCUCCGCACAUUGGACGCGGAAUUGCUGGAAAAUAUUCCCGCGAACCGGGCGUUCUAGGCUACAACGAGCUCUGCGAGCUGAUGCAGCAGGAGGAUUGGACCGAGAAGUGGGAGACGGACCAGCAGGUUCCCUAUGCCUACAGGCAGCGUCAGUGGGUGGGCUAUGAGAAUCCACGCAGUCUCUCUCUCAAGGCCCAGUAUGUGGUGGAUCACCACUUGGGCGGCAUCAUGAUCUGGUCCCUGGAAUCCGACGAUUUUCAUGGCACCUGCGGCCAGGAACGCUACCCCUUGGUCCACGCGAUCAAUCGAGUGCUGUUCGGCAGCGACACCCCCACAGGUCUGACUCCCGAACCGAGUAAGGAGUUGGAUGAGGAGGAGGAGAAAGAGGGAUUCAGCUGCCUGGCUGAUGGCCCGACUGGCUUUGUACGUGACCCCCACAACUGUUCCAAGUUCUACUACUGCAAUGGAGGGAUCACCCACAGCUUCGACUGCCCCACUGGGCUCAGCUUCGACCCCCACACUGACGGCUGUAACUACUCCGCCUCAGUAAAGUGCUAACCAUGCCCACAUUUGA